AUGAUCCAGGAAAUAGAAGUUACAAAUGAAGAAAGCCCUGACUUAGACAUAGGUAGUGAAGUAAUUUUGAUGGAUGAAGAAAUUAUAGAAGAAAAUAAUAUAGUAAAUGAGACAAGUCGUGAUUUAAAGGGCAUGACGACUGAGAAGUGUACGGGCAAGGGAGACGUUGAAGUCCCGAAAAUAAAAGAAGGUACAUAUUGUGUCUUUAGAGAAGAGGGUAGUUUGUUCCCAGGAAGGAUUCAAAAAUUCAACAUUCCUUACAAGUCUCUGUGCUCCAAAAAAACUUUUAUGAGGUUGGUUUUGGCCCUCUAA